AUGGUGUACGGAAAUCGGCCACAGCCUGGAAACGGUGGUUUUAACCGCGGUGGAAUGCAGGGAGGUCGGCCAGGUGGUCCAAUGGGUGGUGGAUUCCGUCGUGACGGAGGAGCUGGUGGUUACGGGGGCGGCAAUGGAGGUUCGUUCGAUCGUCAAUCCAACAACGGAAAGAAUCUCCGCAAUGUCAAGUGGGAACCAGAGGAUUUGACACCUUUCGAGAAGAAUUUUUAUCAACCAUCCGCUGGACUCAUGAGCUUGACUGUCUCAGACAUUGAAAGCUAUCUGAACAAGCAUCAGAUCACGCUGAAGGGUCGUGACGUGCCCCGUCCCAGCAUGGAGUUCGAGGAUGGUGGUCUGCCCGUGUUCAUCAUGGAAGAGCUGAAACGACAAGGAUUCAGUAAGCCAACGGCCAUACAGGCCCAGGGCAUGCCGAUUGCUUUGAGCGGUCGGGAUAUGGUGGGUAUUGCACAGACCGGAUCCGGCAAGACGCUUGCUUACGUAGUACCGUCGUUGGUGCACAUACAACACCAGACGAGCAUUCGGCGUGGUGAUGGCCCAAUUGCAUUGAUUCUUGCACCCACUCGUGAGCUGGCACAGCAGAUUCAGCAGGUCGCAACGGACUUUGGAACGCGUGUUAGUGCGAACAAUACGUGUGUUUUCGGUGGCGCCCCGAAGGGACCACAAAUCCGUGACCUUGAACGGGGUGCUGAAAUCGUGAUUGCUACCCCUGGGCGGUUGAUCGAUUUUCUCGAGCGCGGCAUAACUAAUUUGCGCCGUUGCACCUACCUGGUACUUGACGAGGCCGAUCGCAUGUUGGACAUGGGCUUCGAGCCACAGAUACGUAAAAUUAUGGGACAGAUCCGCCCCGACCGGCAAGUACUGAUGUGGUCAGCCACUUGGCCGAAGGAGGUGCGCAAUCUGGCCGAAGAGUUUCUGGCCGACUAUAUCCAGAUCAAUAUCGGGUCACUGAACCUGUCGGCGAACCACAACAUCCUGCAGAUUGUGGAUGUGUGUGAAGAUUAUGAAAAGGAUCAGAAGCUGAUGAAGCUGUUAACGGAGAUAUCGGCCGAACCGGACACGAAGACAAUCAUCUUCGUUGAAACAAAGCGCCGCGUCGACGACAUUACACGCAUCGUCAACCGCAAUGGAUGGCGUGCCGUUGCCAUUCACGGCGACAAAUCGCAGCAGGAGCGCGACUACGUUCUCAGCACAUUCCGUAACGGACGCCAGGGCAUCCUGGUGGCCACGGAUGUAGCUGCUCGCGGUUUGGAUGUGGAAGACGUAAAGUUCGUUAUCAAUUACGACUAUCCGUCGAAUUCCGAAGAUUACGUGCAUCGGAUUGGUAGAACGGGACGCUCUAACAAUACCGGCACCGCCUACACUCUGUUCACCAACUCGAAUGCCAACAAAGCGAACGACCUGAUCAACGUGCUGCGUGAAGCAAAUCAGGUGAUCAAUCCGCGGCUCGUUGAACUGGCCAAACCGAACAUGGGCAAAGGUCGUCAGCGGUACAACAAUCAUCGCUUCGGUGGCCAGCAGAACCGUCCCCCGCGUGAUGGUCCGUACGGCGGAGGACCACGCCAUGACGGGGGUGCUGGGCGAUUCGGUGGGCAACGUGACGGGGCGCCGAAGUAUGGUGGCGUUGUUGGUGGUCGAACCGAUGCGGAUAAAUACGGUCCCCCACGGUCGAUGUACGGCGUGAAUGCUGGCCUACCGCCACAGACACUUGGUGGUCUCGCGGCCAGCACUGCUAUGGGAGGUGCCAAACCACCGGGAGUUGGUGGGGUAGGCCAACGCCAGAGCCGCUUCUCGGCACCGCCCUCUUCUGCUACAGCAGCGGCCGCCGCAGCAGCCGCCGCGUUCGCCUCCAGCUACCACCAGCAGAGUAAAUAUCCGAGUGCAUCAUCCGUGGGGGCUGGUUUGGCCGGAGCGCACCCGUCAGCCGGGGCUAACGCGACACCAUACGGAAGUUCCGCACCAUCGUACAAACCACAGUCCGCCACGGGCAGUGAGGCCGCCCACAUGUACGGUAGCAGUGGCGGUUACAGUGCGCGAUCACAGCCCUCCGCACUACCAACGGCAGCGGCCGCGGCAGUAGCCGCAGCGUACCAAUACGCCGCAAACGGAGCGACGCCCGCGUUCGCCUAUCCGCCGCCCCAAGUAGUGCUCAACUAA